AUGUUAGUCCAGUUUGCUUUGCCUUAUUUUCAUUUGUCAUAUUUGUUUUUUAUUUUUUCCUUUAACAUAAACGAUAUUCACCGUUUUCCAGCACAAAAGCAGUUUAUUAACCCGUCUGUUUAUCCCCAGAUUGAGAAAACACAUACCUUUGUUCCUUUUGUCUGGGUAAUAAUGAAGUGGAACAAUGAACGCAUCUCAUGGGACCCGGCUCACUUUUGUGGAAUCACUCAGAUUUCUAUUCCUAAGGAAAUGCUCUGGAAACCAGACCUCUUUAUCUAUGAAAUGACACAGAAGGAUGAAUCCCCUCAGAAUCCGUACAUGUACGUGUCCUACGACGGGACGGUCUCUUCCGAAGAGGAAAUGAAGGUGGUCAGCACUUGCAAAAUGGACGUCCACAAGUUCCCCUUCGACAUACAGAGAUGCAACAUCUCCAUCGGCUCUGCGGUGCACUGCGUUGAUGAGAUUCGUGUCUUUCCGUUCUCCAACUCGUCUCGGGCCACCCAGUUUUCCCGAGAGGUGAUAAGGACUCAGGGAGAGUGGGAGUUCCUCCAACUGACCGUAACCAGUCAAAAUUUCACCAUAGACAAUAAACAGUGGGAAUAUCUCAUAUACACUGUAUGUACGUACUUAUAUACACACACACACACGUUACAUUAUUUAACUUCUGCUUUAUUAAUAUAUAUUACUUAUGACCGCCGAGGAGAGAAGCUGGGCUUCAAAGUCACCAUACUGCUGGCCAUCUCCGUCCUGCUGCUCAUCCUCAAUGACAUCCUGCCCUCCAUGUCCAACAAGACUCCCCUCAUAGCCACCUACUGCGUCGUGAUUUUCGCUCUGAUGCUGCUCAGCCUGCUGGAGACCAUCUUGGUUACAUAUUUCAUGGAGAAAGACUGUGCCUCCAAGAAGAAGAUCAGGCUGAGGGAAAACAGGGAGAACAAGCAGGACACCUUCAUCACAGAGGAGAAAAGACAAAGCGGCUGUCUGAGCAUCUGCAAAGCGUCAGAUGGUGAGAAACAACAUGAAUUGCUGCCGAUGGUUCAAGAGGUUAACAACAGCGUUCAGGCCCGAGAGAGUGACACGUUGCUGCUGAUCAUGGAGGAGCUGAAGGAGUUGCAGAAUAUUUUGAAUCUGCACCUCGUCUGUAGACAGGACGGAGGGAAGUCUGGCCUCUUGGCCGCAAGAAUCAACAGAGCUUUCUUCAUUUUCUACAUCACCAUCGUGUCACUGUUCCUCACCCUCAUCUUCAUCGGCAACAACAGCACACUGACAGAUCAACAUGCCUCUGAGAAACUCUCGGACGAGCUGAGAGAGAUGGAGAAAACAUUGUCCCUUCUCCUUAACAACGGGAAGGCAGAGGAGAAGGUUCAGCAGGUUCUGACAGUGGUUUUAUUUGACCUGGUUUUGUUGAAUAUGUCCAAUUAUAAAAGCCUCAUGUUCCACACUUGUUUUGGCAAAGCUGCUGAAGAAAUGUGUCACACCAUAGAGGACGAGGUCACAGUCAUGAUGCUCGCUGGUUUCUUCUUUCUGUUCCUCGUCUCAGGUGUGAUGAACGAUGGCGCAAACUGCUCCUAUCGCGCUCUUUAUAAGUACUUGAACCUGGUGAAAGACAACGACAACUCCAAGGUCCGGCCUUUUCAUUCUUCAUCAGCCACAGAGGUAUACGUGGACAUGCUGCUCUAUGCCAUUCUAGAAGUGAGGUGGUUCGACGAUGACAUAAAAUGGGACCGUGAAUAUUUCUGCGAUAUUUGGAAGAUUUAUCCCCCUUCGGAUGUAUUGUGGACUCCAGAUCUAACAAUCGAAGAGAUGAUAGAGGAUAAUAAGGUUUCUAUGAGUCCUUAUGUCACCCUUGACUUUUAUGGAUACGUCACUCUUCAAAGAAACAUGGUGGUGGUCAGCAGUUGCAGCAUGGAAGUUUACAAAUUUCCCUUUGACGUCCAGAACUGCAAACUGUCUUUCAAGUCCAUUGCACACUCAUAUGAGAAUCUGGAGAUUACAAAUUUGGCGGAUAGCCAAUGGACUAUGGAAUGGUCUCUUAAAAGGAUGACGCAAUCCGAGUGGCUGUUUGUCAACUUGAACAUCAGCGAGGAAGUGGUCGGCGAACGUAAUGGAGAACAAAACAAGCUGAUUUACACUAUCACCAUGAAGCGGCGGUCUGCCCUCUACAUCGCCAACUUCUUGCUUCCGAUCAUGUUCUUCUUGGGUCUGGACUUGGCCUCCUUUGGGAUCUCAGACAGUGGGGGCGAGAAGCUCGGCUUCAAGGUCACGGUGCUGCUGGCUGUCACUGUGAUGCAGCUUAUCCUCAAUGACAUCCUGCCUGCCUCUUCAGACAGGAUUCCUCUCAUUGCAAUCUACUGCAUUGGGGUUUUUGGUCUGAUGAUGCUGAGCCUGGUGGAGACGAUUUUGAUGAUGUAUCUGUUAGGAAAAGACGCUGCAGCCGAAGAAAACAGGGAAGAUGAAGAGCAAAGACGGAAUUUGAAGAAAAGGACGUCUGCUGAUGAAUCUCCAGCCGAACAACUGUCAGUCGCCAAAGAGGGCGACAGCUGCAAACCGACUGCGGAGUCCAUUGCUUUGGAGAACAUCUCAGAUGAGCUGAGGGAUGUGGAGAAAACGCUGACUCGGGUGCUCAACGGAAGGAAGAAAGGAAAUAAGGCCGGCUGCUGGACCAGGGUGGCUGAAAAAGUCAACAUUGUUUUCAUCAUUACCUAUGUCAUAGCUGUCAUUGUGUUUUUGAUUGUUCUCUUUUUACAGUGGACUAAAGAUGACGAGUAGUGCUCGCUAGAUUAACAUGGGCAUCCUCAAUGAAGUGAUUACUAAUAUUAUCAAUAUCUUGCUGAGCAGACAUUGUGAAUCUGUAGUCUUCUUGAUGUGAGCGGUCCCUGUAAAGUAGAAAAACGUUACAAUUAUCUUUUGUUCAUUAUAUGUUAUCAGAGAACUUGUUUUUAUUUUACAAUACCAAACGGGCUAUUUGUAAAUCAAUACUGAAUCAGCACAAUGUCAACAUUACAUUCUGGUUAUUGGUAUAAAGCACAGUGGACGAUGUCCUCGCAUACCAAAUCACAUAUCGGCAUUACAGAAAUGACGUUUAAUUGAGAAGUCUCGCCAGGAGAAGCCCUUGCUCCUCUGUCCUUAACCACUUUGCUUUCUAUGCUGUAAAUGUAAUUUUGAAUCAGCUUUAAUUAUUCAUUUCUUCAUUCUGGGAUUUGGUAAUGUUCUAUUUCAAUCAAUUACCCUUUCAUGUGUUUUUUCUCAAUAACAGAGGGUGGGGGGGUUCUGUUUGUUCAACCAUCAUACUCCGCAUGCAUACUAUAUGACUAAUAUACAAUCCAUUGAAAACAUGUAAGUGUUUUUUGUUUUAUGGUUUGAGAGAUUUCAGGCUUUAUUUAUGCACAUUUAUCCACGUCGUCAAUAACGUCUUCAUGUAUCGUACAAGAUUAACCAGGUUGUCUAGAUUCUUGCAGAAAAUUUUAAACAUUGAGAAUAUGAUGUAUUGUCAUGUAUCUUUUUAUCUGUCUAUUCAGCAAUUUGUUUUUCAAGUUAGUAUGAUGUAACCAUUGGCAGACAAGAACGCAUUUAAAGUAGCAACUAGAUCACCUCAGCUGACAGACAUUAAUGUUUUUACUAUUGUAUUGUUAUAUUGGGCUAAUAAAUUCAAAGCUAUACA